AUGAUACAUACCCAGGUAUUGAAACUUGGUUUUGGGAAUGAUCUCUUUGUCCAGACGGGUCUCACUGAAAUGUACGUGAAAUUCAGGUGGAUAGAAUUUGCGAGGAAGGUGUUUGGUGAAAUGAAAGAUCUAGACUUGGUUUCGUAUAAUGUAAUGCUAGCUGAGUAUGUGAGCAUUGGGGAAAUAAGUUUAGCACGCCAACUGUUUGAUCAAAUGUCUCAAAGAGACUUGGUUUCAUGGAACAUCAUGAUCCAUGGUUAUGCCUCACUUCCCCAUGGAGAUAAAGAUUUGGUUUCUUGGAGCAAGCAGUCUCACGAGGCUUUGAAUCUCUUCCAUGAUAUGCAAUUAGCUAACUUUUUACCUGAUAAAAUCACAAUUGUGAGUGUGUUAUCCGCAUGUGGAGAUUUAUGUGCUUUAACUACAGGCAUGAAAGUUCACAAGUACAUAAUUCAAAACCGAAUUGAAAUAGACAUAAAGCUUGCAACUUCCCUUGUCAACAUGUAUGCAAAAUGUGGAGAUAUAAACACUGCGUUGAAAGUUUUCAAUGGCAUAAAAAAGAAAGAUGUGUUCUAA